UCGAAGAGGUGGCAGGACUUUGAAGACGCUCUGGAGCAGAACCACAACAACCAGGUCCUGAUCCGGCUGAGAGGGAUGCAGAAAUACAAAAGUACAUCACAGAGGCUGAAGAUGGUCCUGGAGCAGAUGGACCGGGGGGUCGUGGACCUGCAGGAGCUCCGCAGGAACCUGGAGCUGGCGGCGGCCAUGUUGGACUCGGUGUACACUGAUGAGACCAAGCGUCUGCUGGACACGGAGGACGAGCUCAGCGACCUGCAGGCGGAGUCUGUGCCCAGCGAGGUCCGUGAUUGGCUGGCGUGUACCUUCACCCGGAAGAUGGGCGUGGCCAAGCGUCGACCCGAGGAGAAGCCCAGAUUCAGGAGCAUCGUGCAUGCGGUGCAGGCUGGGAUCUUUGUCGAAAGGAUGUACAGACGGACGUCCAACAUGGCUGGUCUGACCUAUCCGCCCACGGCUUUAACAGCUCUGAAGAAAGUGGAUCACUGGUCCUUUGAUGUGUUUUCCUUCCACGAGGGCACCGGAGACCACGCCCUCAAGUUCCUGGUGUACGACCUGCUGACCCGCUAUGACCUCAUCAACAGGUUCAGGAUCCCGGUGCAGGCUCUGGUGCAGUUUGUUGAAGCUCUGGAGAACGGAUACAGCAAACACAGGAACCCCUACCACAACCUGAUCCACGCCGCUGAUGUCACACAGACCGCCCACUUCCUGAUGCUGCACACUGGACUGAUGCACUGGCUCAGUGAGCUGGAGAUCCUGGCGAUGGUGUUUGCUGCAGCGAUUCACGACUUCGAACACACAGGAACCACCAACAACUUCCACAUCCACACCAGGUCGGAGGUGGCCAUCCUGUACAACGACCGCUCCGUCCUGGAGAACCACCACGUCAGCGCCGCCUACCGGCUGAUGGCUGAGGAGGACAUGAACAUCCUGAUCAACCUGAACAAGGACGACUGGAGGGAGCUGAGGGCGCUGGUGAUAGAGAUGGUGAUGUCCACAGACAUGUCGUGUCACUUCCAGCAGAUCAAGACGAUGAGGAACGCUCUGACCCAGUCCCUCAGUCUGGACAAAGUGAAGGUUUUAUCUCUGAUGCUUCACGCUGCAGACAUCAGUCAUCCAGCCAAAGCCUGGCCGCUGCACUACCGCUGGACCCACAGCCUGAUGGAGGAGUUCUUCAGACAGGGAGAUAAAGAGGUUGAACUGGGCCUUCCCUUCUCUCCACUCUGCGACCGCAAAGCCACCAUGAUCGCCCAGUCACAGAUCGGUUUCAUAGACUUCAUCGUGGAGCCGACCUUCAGCGUGCUGAUCGACACCACGGAGAAGGUGAUUGGUCCUCUGAUCGAGGAGGACAGGAAGGCCAGAGAGACGGGGAACAUGGUGUCCAGCCUGACAGGAAGUGGCUCGGUCACGGUGGAGUCGGUGCAGAGGCACAGCAGCGGGCGCCAUGGCAGGAGUGAUGACGGACAGCUGGACUUCUCCCUGACGGCCAUCGACCUGCCGGCCAUGAAGACUCACCUGUCAGGUGUCAUCGCCAGCAACAAGGACCGAUGGAAAGAGCUGUCUGUUCAUGAGCUAGCCAAUAAAGAGCAAGAAGAAGAACGAAGAGAGGCGGAGUCUAAAAUCAGCUCAGACGACACAUCACACGCCUCACCUGGUCGCAGUGAACCUGAUGGACAGACCUCUGACCAAUCACAGAGCUCAGAGGGCCCGCCUCCUGAUGACAGACAGGAAGCUGACCAGUCACCUGCCCACCUCACCUGGAACGGUGAGGGGCCGGGGAAGGAGAAGGAGGAUGAAGAAGUGCCUGAAAACGCCUGAUGAACUCCGUGGUGAACUCCCCACCGUGUCUGAUCACCAGGAGGUGGACUGGUGACGACGAGGGUUCGGACUCUUCUGUUUAAAACACAGCAGCUGACUCAGGGGCCCUCGGAGGCCCCCAAAGGGCCCCUUAACCUUAUGUUUACAACCGACCAUGAAAAUACAACAUUCAAAGUGACGACAUUCACCUGGUAACGGCUUCUUAGCAGCUUCACGGUCUAUUCACUGUGGUGAAAAUGUUUUAUGGUUUUAUUAGAGGCUCAGAAAAACAAAUGGGAAAAAAAAAUCUAAUUUUGAUUGAAAAUACAGACAAACAACGAGUUUCUGUUUAUUAUGUGGAGGAAUGAGGAACGGAGCUGUUAAGAAGCAGUUCUGGAGGUUAUUUAUGGAUGAAGCUGAGCUCAGCGGUAGGUGUGUUGUUAUAUGCCUCUUAUGUUAGGAGUGAAGAGUGAUUUCUGCUCUGUUCUCUGUUCUGGGUUUAUUUUUUGUGUGUGUUUCAAGCCACGCCCCAAUAAAUGAUGUCAAAAAGAGUAAUCGAUAGAUCUGUCAGGAGACGGGAGCUGUUAUUAUAUUAUAUUAUGUUAUGAUAGCUUUAGGUCAUGGAUGUACAAUAAGAACUGGAGCAGGGAAAUCCCUCUGCAGCCCAGAUGAAGCAUUGUUUGUGAAACUGUAACAGGUCUCCACACAUAGACACAGACAACCAUUCUAACUCUCAUUCACUCCUACGGGCAAUUUAGAGUCACCAAUUAAACUAACCUGCAUGUCUCUGGACUGUGGGAGGAAGCUGGACCUGCAGAGAACCAAACCCUCCAUCUCCACAGCCACGACACCACCAUGGAGCCUCCAACUGCAACAAAAAGCUCAACUAUGACGAUAUCUAUAUCAUUAAUAUUCAAUUCACCAGUCUAAAGUGGUUUCAAAGGCUGUGAGGUCAUCACAAUGCGACGGUUAUAGGAUAUAGAUUAGUUAUAGAGUGGGGACAUGUGGGGAACUCUACUGCAUAACAAAGCAAGAAGCAACAAAACUUUUUUAGCAUAUCUGCUAGGCGAGCAGUUCUCAUUGGACUGAUUGGGACGUUUUUGGGUCUGCAUCCAGUUCUUCUAAUACAUCCAUGAUUCAGGUCCAGACCAUCAACUGUAUAUCAGGAUGGAAGGCCUGACAGCUGGGUGCCCCCUGCUGGAGGGCUGCAGUAUAGGAGGUAAACCCUGCCUGCUCCAUGUUCUCUAAUGACCUAACCAAGAUGGCAGCACCUGUAUUUGGAUAUUUUGGCUUCAUUUUUGUACAGUGGGAGGAAGGGGAGACACAUCAUCCAUUUUCAUAUAAAGUGUAUGAUGCAGACUGAAAUAUGUGGAACUCUGUCCAGCAGCAUCAUCACAUAUGACCAAAUACAUGCUGCUAAACUAAUGAUGUUCCCAUCAGCCUCAGCUGCACUUUGUGCUUAGAAGUAGUCUGCAAAUAUUAGCAUGCUAACACCUCAAACCAAAGCUGGUGUAUAUGGUAAACACUGUACCUGCUACACAUCAUGUAAGCUUUACUACUAUGAUAUGUUAGCAUUGCAGCUCAAAGCACUCACAGAGCUGCUAGCAUAGCUGUAGACUCUUAGCGUUGAUGUUAUCGUCAUGUGAUACUUCGUGUUCUAGGAUAGAAGGUAAAUGUACAAUCCUAAAUCUGUGUUCAGACUGAACGCAGAAAAACUUUCAGAGACGAUGCAAAGACACAAAGUCACUCUAGUUGGAGAGUGAUAUAAAAAAUUACAAAAAAACAACAAACUGCACUCAGAAGGUGUUUAAAUGUGACUUAGAGGAGCGACCACCUAUUAACACACGGUCGGAUUCUAGAAAUCUCUUGUUGUAUUUGCAUGAAUUUGACUGCUGGAGUGUUUUUGCAUUCCAUGUUCAAAUGACCAAUAUACAGUGCUAGCUGAGGCUAUCAGCUGUUAGUUAGCAAUAAAUACACAUGUCUCGGGGUGUGUGUGUGUGUGUGUGUGUGUGUUCUUGUACUUCAUACAUAGUGAGGACCAGAACAUGUUUUUAACCAACAGAGUGAGGACAUUUUUGCAAAGUGAGGACAUUUCGGCCGGUCCUCACUACUUUAAAGGCUUUUUUGAGAUUUCAGACUUUGUUUUAAGGGUUAAAGGUUACAUGAUAAUGAUAAUUAACUGAAACUGUAUUGUGUGGUUACAAAACUAACUAAAAUUAAAGUGAAAAUGUCCUUAGUUUUCGUCCUUUUUCAUACAUAAUGAAGAUGGAUACGGCAAAGGAAAAAAUAAUAACAGAAUAAUUUUAAUCUCCAAUCCAAAGAUAGAAGUACAAGUGUGUGUGUGUGUGUGUGUGUGUGUGUGUGCAGAUUUAGGCCAAACAGUUUCAAAAAGUGUCUCAGCAGCGUGGUGCCAUAGUGAUGUUUGUAUAGUAGCUGGUGCACGGACCAGACUGCAGCAGACAUUCUCUGAUUCCCUGUAAAGCCGCUCAGUACAGCAUGAAGCCAAAAUAUAUUAGUUAUUAUUAUUAUUAUUACUAUUAUUAUUAAUAGACUGUCUGAAUAAAAAUGUCCCGGAUCUUCUGCUGCUCUUCUGCAUCUUUGCAAGGAGGGUAGAAGAAGGAGAAGUUAGAGUCAAAUGACGUCAUAUUCUUGGGGUACAAAACAUGCAAAGUCAAAUCUGGCAUCAACAGGUGGAGCACAACUACAGAACACCUUCAAUCUGUCAAGAACACAACAGGAACACUGGGUGGAACCGUCUGCUGUGACCCUCUAACAUCGCAGCUCCACUUAACCUUUGCAUGUGUUGAAGCCCAAGAAUAUGACGUGAUUUGAGCCUGUCUCCUCCUCCUUCAGCCUCCUCCAUCUAUUGGGUCCAUGGGGCAGCAAUAAAACAAGUUCAUCUUACAGCUUCUAGAGUUUCCACAUGUUAUCAGUCAGAAUGGAUCAAGUUCUAACAGUGAUAGAGUCAAAUGAUCUGCUGAUUUACAGAUGUUUCUUUAAGUCUGUGGGAAAAGUCUUUCUUGGCCCAUUUGCAUUAUGUGAUGGAGCCGGAAACUGUAAUCACACCAUUUCUCUGCUAGAUCAAACUUGCAUGAAAGCCCAACACUGUUCUUGGAGGCUUGGCUAUUCUGCACAUGUGGAAGGAGGCUGAGGUUCAGUAUGGACCUGGGAUGGUUAAUGAACAGAGGAUAGGACCAGAACUAAUCUGGUUUCCAGGAUGUUUUACAUGUAAUAACUGUUCAUCACAGACGGCUAGCUAGCUAGCUAGCUCAUUCCACAGAGCUCUCAUGCUACACUGGCUGCAGGAAUCAGCUGCACAAGUCAUCUGGUGAUCUUUCCUCCACUGUGAUGAGUGUGAGGAUGAAGAUUUAGGUUGUAAAAUGUAACUUAUUUAGCAGCUGGCUAGACUUCAACUGAUGUAUUUGUUCCACUGAGUCCUGUCUCAUAACUCAUAACAUAAGCAGAUGAAAUGUUUAUUAAAUGUAACUGACCCAGCCUGUAGCUGUUGUGACAUCACUUAUUGGGGCGUGGCCAGAGAUUUGAACCCACAGAGAGCAAAUCAGAAGCAGCAGCCGUGAAUCUAUUGAUUUCUUACCUUUAAAUAGAAAAGACACAUCAGAGUUUACAUGUUAACCACUUUAUAUCAGGUUGGUUUUUUUUUUUUACAACAUGGGUCAUGUUGUUGUACUUCUGGCCGAUAUACCCAUGGGCUAGCUUAACACUGUACUCUUCACCAUCAUUGUAUAAACGUGCACUAGAGCACUCCAGUGGAAACAGAUUUACAGCAGCAAGGUAACGCAAUCGUGAUUGUCAGAAAAAAAAAGAAAAAACCCAGAAUGUUCCUUUAAGUGGACAGAUGCUCAGAGAUCAGAGCGUUUCUGUUGGCUAUAAACUAUGUUACUGUCACUUCUCCUGCCUGUGAAUAAAGUAUCACCGUGGUGACAAGGGCAACAGAAACACCAGUUUCUAUAGCAACGGCAAAUGACCUGCAGGGCAGAGCCAAGAAGAACACUUCGCACGUCUAUUUCACGAGACAGGUGCGUAGGAGAGCGACAACAAGAUCAGAAGUUGCAAACAAACUCCCACACACUGUCUAACUCGCAAAAAUAUGUUUAUUUGUGACAUUUCAGAGAACUGAAACGUCCCAAAAAAUGUAAACGCCGCAAAUAAAUCUGCAGGUUAGACAGCGUGCAGCAGUUUGUCUGAAACUGAAGGGUGGAGCCAACAUGGCCGACACUUAAGACUUUUUAGAUCCUCUGAGAACUGUAUUAGUUAAUGCAAUGUGUGCUAUAGUCAUCGUGUGCUCUUUGGCUCUGUGUGUGUGUGUGUUUGAGAAUCUGAGUGUGUGUGUGAAUGUGUGUGUGAGCGUGGGUGCACUGUAUACUGUACAGCUGUUUUCUGUAUUAUUGUAUUAAACAUUCAGAACUAUA